GGGGAAUUAAACAUCCGCUUAAACAUCCGUGUUCUAAGAUCCUGUAACACUGGACUGUAACCAGUUUUCUUACAACACAUCAUGCCAAUAAAUGUGAAGCAAAACAGGUUGAGCUGACUCCAGAACAGAUUCUAUAUUUGUUCGUUGUUUUCCGGUUGUGUAUACGGAACUAAGUGCGACGGUGCAGCGUCUAAAUGCGAUCACUAUUCUUCGUCGUUAAAAGGACGACUCCAUUCUAGCAUGAUGUCUGAGGGCAGUUCAUUUAUGAAAGGCAUGAUCUUCGGAGGAAUAUUCUGCUUGAUCAUGUCUUUCUUUGAGACCUUUAAUCCAGGAACCCACUCAGAAGGUCACAAUCACCUCCACCAUCAUUUGAAACCUGUCAGCAAAGAUGAGCUACAGAAGUUAUCAGAGUCUCAGAUGUCUGAGUUCGCUAUGCAGGUUCGAGUCUACUGCCUCAUCAUGGUUACUCCAAAGCUUUUAGUUCACUGGGCGACAGCUAACGACACCUGGAGCAAACACUGCGACAAAUCUGUGUUUUACACCUCUGAGGCGUCUAAAGCUCUAGAUGCGGUUGACCUACAGGAGCAGGACGAGUGGACAAGGCUUCGCAAAGCCAUCCAACACGCUUAUGAGAACGCCGGAGACCUGCACUGGUUUUUCAUAGCGCGACCCACCACCUUUGCUAUUAUAGAGAAUCUCAAAUACCUGGUGUUGGAUAAAGAUCCAAGCCAGCCGUUUUACAUUGGCCACACGGAAAAGUCUGGAGAGCUGGAUUAUGUGGAGUACGACAGUGGGAUUGUGUUGAGUUAUGAAGCGAUGAGGAGGCUGAUGGAGGUGUUUAAAGAUGAAGAUAAAUGUCCAGAGCGAGGACGAGCUCUAUGGAAGAUGUCUGAAGAAAAGCAACUGGCCACUUGUCUGAAGUACAGCGGAGUGUUUGCUGAAAACGGAGAGGACGCCCAAGGCAAAGGGCUUUUUAACAAGAAGAGUGUGAGCUCUUUGAUUUCGGAUAGCAUCAGCCAAAAUCCGGGCGAUGUGGUGGAGGCCUGUUGUUCUGACAUGGCUAUCACAUUUGCUGGGAUGUCGCCGAGUCAGAUACAGGUCUUGAUGUACGGCGUCUACAGACUUCGACCGUACGGACACGACUUUCACGAUUCCUUGACAUUUCUGCCUCCGAAAGACUCUGAUAAUGAUUGAGGGAGUUUGUGGAUUCUGGAACUCUUACUGUGACUCUCAGCAGUGAAAUGUUGAUCAUAAUUGGGUGCGGGAUGAAUUAUUUGUGAAGUUGGUGAAGGUAAAAAUGAAAAGGAUUUGCAUUAUGAUUUAAUACUAAUAAGUCAAGUGCUGGAUCAUGUGUGUGCACUUGUCAGUAUUUUGAAUAAAAAUGCUAGAUUCACAUUUAUGGAUCAGAUCUGUGUAAAUCUGCGGCAAGAUUUAUAGUUCCUGCUGUUUUCAGAAGUCGGUAAAGUAGCUGCUUUCAUGCCAAGUCAAAACUGUCAUUUCUGGAUGAUGUUCACGUGAGAUAACACAUUUUAGACGUGUGAUUAUUUUACAAUUUCACAAGUUGCAGUAAUUAGAACCGGGCAUGAAUGCAUUUACUUCUACCACUGUAAAACCAUUAAUUAAAAAGAAAAGAGAAUGUAUAUUUUAUAUCAGGGGUGUCAAAAUCAGAGUUUAGUUCGAGCCCUGCUCAAACACAUACUGGUGGUUGUAAAAUAAUCCUGAAAGACUUGAUUAGCUGGAUUUGGUGCGUUUAAAUAAGGUUGAAACUAAACUCUGCAAGGAUUUGGCCCUCCAGCAACUGAGAGGGACACAUUUUUACUGUUCAUUUACAUGACAAUGUUUUUUGGGGGGCAUGAAAAAGCUAAUUAUUUUAAUUGGAUUUAAAGUGCAACUUUUGGCAAAAACAAUUGUGAAAACAGUGGCAUCAUGGACUUUAUGGAUAUUAUAAUUCCGGUUUCAAGCCGCUACUCAUUUGAAUUGAGAAAAUAUUUGUUUAUGACAUUUUUUAGUCAAAUCACACAUUAAAGUGAAUUUUAUAUAAAAGCAAAGUGGACACAACAGUCUCUGGGCUUGCUGCAUCACAAAUACCAAAAUUUUAACAAUUUCUAAAAAAAAAAAUUAUAAUUUUUUUUUGGCCAUCUGAUAUUAGGCAAGGACAUAAAUGUUUAUUAUUACCAUUUGAGCCUCUCCAUACAGUUUGAUAUAGCGCUUGGACCCGGAAGCCGCUUGGUGUGACGUCACACUUAACAAGCAUAUAGGCAUGUUUCAGUACUUCACAACCAAAACUAUUGGGGACAGGGUUGCCACAUCCAAGAAAAGUUUUCAGCCUGAUGACAACUUAGAACCUACCACAUCACCAUCUACUGGCAUGGCAUGUGGGCUGGAAUGAUUUCAUUGGUAUCUGACAAACAAAAGGAAAACAUUCCUUUUUUAACUACAUUAUUAAACUGUCUAUUUAAUAAUUUUGUCCAGGUGUUUUCAAUAUUCCUUAAAGGUACAGUAUGUUACUUCUGGUUCACAGUUACUAGGUAAAUUGACAGCAGAGAAUAUUCCAGUUGUAAACACUUAUCAAAAGGCACAUCCCAGCAAUUCUGGAUGAAAUAAAUAUAUGCUUUGGAAGGUGAAAUUAUGGGUGUCACUGUGGUGCAGUGGGUAGCACAAUCGCCUCACAGCAAAAAGGUCGCUGGUUCGAGCCUUGGCUAGGCCAGUUGGCAUUUCUGUGUGGAGUUUGCAUGUUCUCCCCCCGUGUUGGCGUGGGUUUCAUCCGGAUGCUCUGGUUUCCCCACAAGUCCAGACAUGCGGUACAGGUGAAUUGGGUAAGCUAAAUUGUCCGUAGUGUAUGUGUGUGAAUGAGUUUGUGUGGAUGUUUCCCAGUGAUGGGUUGCAGCUGGAAGGGCAUCCGUUGUGUAAAAAACAUAUGCUGGAUAAGUUGAGGGUUUAUUCCGCUGUGGCGACCCCAGGUUAAUAAAGGGACUGUGCCAAAAAAAGAAAAUGAAUGAAUAUAGGUAAAAUCAUGAGUUGCUCAUUAAAUAUGGUUCAUUUUAAGCUUAAAAGACUACAAACCUUUUUUCUUUUUUACGUGGGACAGCUAGGGAUGAAAAUGAAGAAUGUUUUUAUGAUUUUUAAAAUUGUUUUCUUGGUUGUAAAAUGUCAAAUAAGAACUGGAAUUUAUUUUCUCUGUCUGUAUCAUCAUUAACAGUAUCUGAAGAAAAUGUGGUGUAAAAGUGUGAUUCAAAAAUGCUUGAAAUAACUUUUGAAUGAAUAAACUAUUUAUUUACAUAUCAAAAUAGUGUUUCUAUAAUUUAGAUGUAUUAUACACUGGUUUGUGAUUUUUACAUUCUAUUUAGUAACCAUCAGGACACUGGUUCUCCUUAAGUCUUUCCAUAAUACUCGUUCAUAUUAAAAAAAAUUUUUUUGCAGUGAAUAAAGAAUACAUUCAUAAAA